AUGGAACACUUCCUGUUGCCGCAUGGAAGACCUGAGCCCGACGAUCAGAUCUCCCGAGCAAACCGGCACAUAUUCGGUAACACCACCUUUCGCACGAACCAACGUGAUGCCAUCCAGACCACGUUAAAUCGCCAAGACGUGUUUGUCUUGAUGCCGACAGGCGGAGGCAAGAGUCUGUGUUAUCAGUUGCCAGCGGUAUUGUCCAAAGGUGUGACAAUUGUCGUGUCGCCACUUCUGUCGCUCAUCCAAGAUCAAGUGACGUCGUUGGUUCGCAACAAACCAGCAGGAAUCCCAGCCGCAUAUUUGUCAAGUCAAACUGCAGUUAAACUACUCAAAGCCGUGCUCAGAGAUUUGCAUCGUCCAGUACCGACGAUUAAGUUGCUGUAUGUCACGCCCGAGAAACUAGCGUCUUCGAGCAGCCUCAUUUCACUCCUGGAAGACUUGAACCGCCGGGAAAUGCUAGCUCGAUUUGUAGUGGACGAAGCGCAUUGCGUGACGCAGUGGGGGCAUGACUUUCGGCCGGACUACAACAAGCUCGGCAGGUUGAAGGAGUUGUUUCCAGACGUCCCCGUGAUGGCAUUGACCGCUACCGCGCCACAAAAGGUGAUUGACAGCGUCAAGAAAGUGCUCAAAAUCCCCCGUGCUACAGUGUUCACGAUGAGCUUCAAUCGAACGAACCUGAGCUUUGACGUUCUGGAGAAAGAAAACGAAGAAUCCAAAGCGUUGGCGCAAUUGCACGCGUACAUAUCGUCGAAAUAUGCCAACAACGUCGUGGGCAUUGUCUAUUGCAUGACAAAGCAGCAAUCCGAAGAUGUGGCCAACUACCUCUUUGACCGCGGCAUUCAAGCCGACUUUUACCACGCCGGACAAUCCUCCACGGAUCGAGAAAUGGUGCAAGAAGCGUGGCAAGAUGGACAAAUCAAAGUUGUGUGUGCCACCAUUGCGUAUGGCAUGGGCAUCGACAAGGCCGAUGUGCGCUACGUCCUUCAUUAUUCUGUGGCCAAGUCCAUCGAAGGGUACUACCAAGAAGCUGGCCGAGCUGGACGCGACGGCCAGCCUUCGCAGUGCACGAUCUUUUACAAUCGGCGCGACGUAUCCAAGAUUCGAGGGAUCAUCAACAUGCCAAAGAAGGGCAACACGAUGAAGACCCGUGGCGUGCACAUGGAAAAGCUAGAGCGCAUGAUGGAGUACUGCGAAGAGCGGGCGAGUUGCCGUCGGCAGUUCUUGGUCUCGUACUUUGGGCAAACAUUCAACCGCAAGGAUUGCAAAAAGACAUGCGACAACUGCCGCCGUGUCAUUGCGCAUUAA